UUUACAUGUUGAGUUAUGACACUUACUUGACGUGAAGGCCUCCUUUCACUAAGGACAGCUCCCUACAGCCAACAUGUCAAAAAUUGAGUAUAAUGAUCUUCUUUAUGAGAUUAGCAAGAAACUUGACGAAAACGAACUGCCAAGACUGAUUUUCAUGUGCAGAGAAGAGAUAGCGGAAAGCAGCGAGGAGAACGUUCGAGAUGUGCUCGCGUUAUUUAAAGAACUAGAAAAACGGAAUCGCCUUGGAAUUGAUCGGCUGGACACUUUAAAAGAAAUAUUGAAACAGAUGAAGAAGAGGUCGUUGCUUAAGAAAGUGGAGGAGUUCGAGAGAAGAAGAAAAGCCCAGUCAGUUGGUAUAAUUUCUUCGUUGAAGCGCAUGGCAACAUGUAUAAAAGGAGCAAUUAAGCUGGUUUGUAAUUUACGAACGAUCGCUGGAGGUCUCUUGGUCGUUACCAGUGGUAUGGCCUUACGUAGCUGCUCUAGUCUUGAUGAAUUCGUGGAGGCCUUCAGCAAAGUUGUUUUGGUUUCAUAUUCCAAACUGAUUGAGAUCAGCGAGGGCUCUCUCUGCUUCACAGUGCAAGCAGAGACACCAACGGCUCUGAAGGAAUUAUMMGACAUGUACAAAAGUGGAACAUUGCAGAAUCGCCUUCAAGAAUUCCUGGUCACUGAUGAAAUCCAACAGCUCGCAAGCGGGGAGGACAUCGAGGUGACUGUGUAUAUUGAUGAACAGGAGUAUAAGGCAGCCUACCUUGAUGUAAUGCUUCUACUAAAAGAAGAGCCUGAUGUAAAAGAAGAGGAAAGACUCGGAGGAAGACGUCGCAAGAACUCAGACUCUUUUCUUUGCUUCAAGCCAAAUGAGGAUGACAUGACUUUGAUGAAACUAAAACAUGCGGAAAACAAAUGGAAUUUGGAAAGGCAGUUUCUAGAAGAAGAAAUCGAAAAACUAAGAAGGGAGAUUGCAGUGGUAGGAAAUGUACGGACAAAAUUGUUUUGGCAAGAGGAAGAGAGUGCUCAAGUAACUGAAGACCUUGAAAGACCUAGAGAAAGGCGUCGGAGAAAUUCUGAUUCUAGUUUGUAUUGCAAGGCGAGGGACGCGACGACUGUACAGAGUGAAAGGGAAGCAGAAACAAAACAUCUGGACUCCGAGAAAUAUGAGUUCGUUCAGAGCUAUCUACAGAACAUCCAAGAAACGCACAGUAUGACAACAGAGACGACUGAUAGUGGAAUAAGAACACAUGGUGAACCAUCUGAUCUUGAAAUGCAAGACAUCUCUGAUCACCCAUUUCAACUUUGCUUGAAAGAUCUUAGAGAAGAUGUCAUCCGUGAACUGAAAACAGGACUAGCUGGCGACCAAGUUGCUGCGAGACAUAUUUAUAAAUCAUUUGGUCUCAAAAACCCUUUUCACCGAUCGGUGAAUAUUUUCGAAUUAUUUCCUGACACUCCUGUGAAGUUAUUGAAAGACGUUCUCGAGGCUUUACAGCUGUAUGACCUGGUAGAAUUGCUGGAGAAACCGCAGAAACCGCAACCUGUCAGAUCGCUACAGCCCGAUCUUCCUUUACAAGAGAUGGAGAAACUGAGGAAAACUAUUGAUCCUCGUCCCACAACAUAUCAUAGUAAUGUUGCUGUUCUGAUUAUUACUGACGAAAACAGUCAUCAUACGAAAGGGAUUGAAAAGUUUUUCAAAGGUCUCAGCUCAAAGAGCGAUGUGACUUUAUUUGAAUGGAAAACAGAGGCUUCCGUAGAAUUACAAUUACUAGAUUGGUGUAAGACACUGUAUAAAACAGAGGCUCAAAGGAUGGAACAGGAGGCGCAGAAGGAAAUGGAGACCAAUGAGACGGCUGUGUCAGCGGUCAUAGAGAGGUGGAUACACAACCAAGGAAAGUAUUCAUUGUUUGCUGUGUUUGUAACCUGGACAGCCAGGCCGCAUGAAUUUACCGAUUUUAUUGGAGCGGCAAUACGAAUUUUGGUGUCCGGAAUUCCAGACAAAAUUAAAUUUGUUAUGGGGAGCUCGAUCCCAAUCAGUGUCCCAGAAUCUUCAGAGAGUCUCGUGGUAAUCGCUCGUGACGAAUGGCUGAUCCCUGAAUCUCUGAUGCUGGAUAUUCUUAACAAGCGCUGGCAGACGCUGGACCUGAUAUCAAUGGUGGAAGAGUUAAAAAGGUCUGUGAGUAAAGAAUUUAACAGGCUUGGGUAUCGGAAGCAAUGGCUCAGCCAGUUCAAUCUUCAAAUGGUAUCAGUAAAAGACCGUUUGUCGUCUCGUCCAAGAUUUAAAAGGGAGGAGGAUCUGAUUGACAGUGCGUAAGUUAAUUGUCUUGAUAGUUCUAUAUCUCACACAGCUCCAAGUGAUCUUAUGGGUGGAAAUUUGCUGGCUUUCAAAAAACCAAAAAAAAGAACCAAAUAAAAUAUCGUAGAUAGCUUAAAUUAUUGAUUCUUAAACCAUUCGUCACUCAGAUAAAUAGCCUUAUAAGGUAUGAUACAUCAUGUUCAGUAAAAGGUGUGGAUAGUUAACAUUCUUAACUCUUCCGCCUGACCGAGAGACACCUUGUCCGUCUAACUUGUGGUUAUAACAACUCGAUGCCGAAAGUCUGAACAUUACCUCCACCCUCCCCCCACCCGCCACCUGAGUCCGCCAUUGAGUACUUGGUUCUGACAUGAAACUCGAAACAUUUAGCUUUUGUGAAAUUAUAGUUGGUAUCAACUUUAAAGACUUAGCUCUUGAUAGACGGUCACACAGAAGAAAAAAGGCUCAGAAUCAUUUUCUAGUAUCCAGGAUUUUGAAAAGUUUUUAUCAGAUGAUGUGAUUUACUAGCUCUUAGUGUAUUUAUUGGUGUAAAGUCUCGAAGUGGCCAAUGAUACCUUAGGCGGUGUAGGAGGGUAUGAAUGGAGUCACGGAAAACCUGAUAGCUGAGAAUUGGCCAGAAAAUGGCUGUACUUAAGGCCCCGUUCACACUUCUUCGGAGGAAUUUAAAAACGUAACAAUCAGCGGUAAUUUUAGA